AUGAAUUCAUCAACCAAUAAGGGUACACAGGAUGUGAAGGCACCAAACCAAAUGGAAAGUGUGAAUUACGAAUCAUCAGUUGGACAAGGGCAAGAACAAAGACCUGUAGAAGUAAUUCAUCAGCCACAAAUUCAAUCAAACACUAGCGGUGGUGUAUUAGCUAAUGCUGCUGCCUCUGUUGCAUCCACCCUUGAGUCCGCCAAAAGAGCUAUUUCACGGAAAUAACUCCAUAAUAUAUAUAUCUCUUGUCUAAUUUUUCUAAUACCUACUUGUUUAUUUCUAAAUGCGAAAAC